AUGACUACAAAUUUAUCCCUCAAGCUCCCCCUGAUGGUCCUCCGCUUCAGGAAAUUAAUAACAAGUCACCCUUUAUCUGAACUGAAAACCCAUGAGGAAGUUGCAGCAGCUACAAAUUCUAAAGAGGAAGCCAAUAUUGAAGAAAGUGAAGGAGAAGCUCAUCCAGAUACAGUAGAUAAACCUUCUAAACCUGUAAGUGAAGGCGUAACUGAAGCUAAAGAGGUGGAGGCUUAUAUUGCCAUUAGAGAAGAGCUGUAUAAGAAAGCUAAAGAAUCUGAUUCCAAGAUUAUUGAUUUUAAGACUACUAUAAGAAGACAUUACUUUCAUGUCCGACCACUUAAUGUGACAGAGCUAGAAACUUGGCAAAAUUAUAUUAAUUUUAUGGAAGGAGGAGAUGUCACAACUAGCAAAUUUAGGGUCGGAAUUUGUGAUUCAUGUACAAACAAUUCCUCUAUAUAA